AUGCAUCUAGGUCGGUUGAUGCAUGCCGCGGAGAUUCCCACCAACAUCGAUGUUCAAAAAUGGGGGAUAUCCCUUUUCUUCUGGGGAGCUGCGAUUUUCUGUGACUGGGAAUGGCUGAACUUUCAGCUGUCAACUGGUUAUCACCAACAAGCUCAGGUACGUGUCAAAAGGCAAGAGAACCCCUCGCUCAAAGGUCCAUAUUUUGAAGAAAACGAAGAAGCUGGCAUCGAUGGAGAAACAACCAUGCAAACAGGCAUUGAAUACGGAGUAUCAUUGGUCUCUUUAGCGAAGCGCACGUUUCUCCUCCAGUGUGGCUGCAAGCAGAUUUGA